CUACCACAUCGACAGCUAGACGGGGCUUGCAUAUUUCAACCCUGUCACGGAUUAGAACUUAUGACUUCUCAGCGUAUAAGAAUAUGCCUUAUAGUAGUUUCAGUAGUAGCAACAAUUGCUCUGAUGAUUAAUUUCCAAUGGACUAGGAGUAUAUCAAAAGUAAACAGGCCUGCCCCUGCAAAACGUGUAAAACUUGUUGGACAUAAUGGAUUUGGUCAUGAUACUCUGCCACGUCGCAUAAUUUAUCGCAAGGAAUUUAAGGUAAAAAAUCGAAAUGAAAAUCUUAUAUUUUAUAGCAGAAGUCCAAAAUGUGGAAGCACCACGAUGAUGGCCGUGAUGAGAGCGGCUUGCAAAUAUAGCGGAAAAUACAAUGUGACCUAUUAGGCGAGUGGGAGCAGGGUCAAAUAUGGAACUUUAAUUAAGAUUGACUGCAACCGCUCAAAACAUGUUGUACUUUCAUAAUAUUGAUAUGUAGAUUCCAAAUAUGACAAUGAAAAGUUUUGAAAAAUGGCCCGUUACCAUAGAAACGGAUGCAAAGUGCCACGCCCACUUUUCAUUAGCCAUAAAGAAUGAUAAACACAAUAUUGGCCAUAACUUUUUUAAUUUUUAACUAUUUUUAAUGAUAUUGGUACCAUAUUGAACGUAAUAAAAUUUCCCGUCACCCUAUGUAUUAUUUAGUCGGUUUCAAUUGUUCACCCGGCAAUUAUGACGUCAUAAUAUCCUUAAAUUCCCAUUUUAAGGUAUAUUUAACGAAUUGCUCCACAUCAAUGUCAAUUAAAUACCUUAGUGAAUAUUCUUAUCAAAUAAAAUGAGAUUAUUUUUGUUCACGUUAAUGUGCUCUUUCCAGUGAUACCUUUGAUGUUACAUAACACUAAUACACUUUUGUUCUAGAGCCUCUUAAACCCAUGGCUACACUAUGGUAAAAUGCUGAAUCCAUAUUUAAUCGCAUUUUACUACAAUUUACUGAUUCUCUGUCUAUCUGUGUGUGUAUGUCUAUGCCUGUUUGCUACCAAACCAUUAAGACGUUAGAAAACAAAACGUGGCGCAUAUGUCCAGUAUAGUACCCCCCUUGAAUAUAAAGUGGUUAAGAACUUGUGAUGUCAUCUUGGUGCCUAGCAACCACUUAGGAAUGGAUUAAAACGCCUUAUUAUGGCCAUUUUGCCCUAGUUUCAUCAUUGUAUAGGCACUAAAACAUCUAGAUAUGGAGAAAGAAUCACCC